CUAGAAUCUUCAAUUUGUGUUUAAAAAAAAUAAAUAAUGUUUUUAUAUAAGUAAAAAUUAAUAAAAUUAAAUGCAAUUUAGAAAACUAGGAUUUUAAGUAUUAAGAUAUAUGGGUGGCAAACAAUCUUUUCCUAAAUCAAAAAAUAUAGCAAAAGAAAUAAAAGUAUACGGAACAAACACUUGUCCUUAUUGCGCAAGUGCUAAGAGUAUGUUUGAAAAUAUGGGAGCAAAAUAUGAGUUCAUAAAUACAGAUGACAAUCCUCAAAAAAGAGAUGAACUUUCUCAAAAAUAUGAUUGGGAUACUAUUCCUAUGAUUUUUGUAGAUGGAAAGUUUUAUGGAGGAUAUACAGAUACCAAGGAAAAGAUCUUAUCUGGCCAAUUAAAGAUAUGAAAACAUUAAAAUUUUAUAGCAUGAAAUAUAAAACUUAAAGCUUUUUUUUUUGAGUCUAUAAAUUUAUGUAUUGUAAAAUAAAAUAGAACUUAAUAAAUUUGCAAAAUAUAUAAUAAGCUGCUUAUUAAAAUUUGAUAGAAACUAAUUAUUAUGUUUUUCUAAGAAAAGUUAUCUCAAUUCAUCAAAAAAUUUAUAUAUAGUAUUCUUGCAACGUAAGUAAAUCAUUCUGAUUU